AUGGUGCCCGGCGAUGCUGCUUCAAGUCCCGGCUUCCCCUUCCACAGCCCAAAGCCUCGGCAGGUGACUAAGCUUGCUGUUGCCGGACAGUCAGGAAGUCGUUCCGCACCUCAGUCUCCACACACUCCGACCAAUCUCGGGCAGCAGACUCUUGGACCCACCACCUUGAAUCCGGACGGAAGCCUCAGCGUCAUCCGCAAUGACGACGAUGCCAACAAUAGCGGACUGCUCGACUUGAGUCCCGCUCUAACAAGGGUUAUCAAGUCAAGACCCAACAACUUUGCGUUUUCACCCUCGGCCAAACGGCAACGGACAGCACCGGCCAAGUCUCGGCUCAGCAACCAUGCGACCUUCCAAGAUGCAGUGCUAUCCUCACAACCGACAGAAGACUAUCUGCAUUCCGAUCCGCUUGCUGCGAAUGGCCUUCCCGCUGAAGAAGCAGAUGGUAACGAUUUGCUUGAGGACGAUCAGUCCUCGUCGACGACCCUGACCCGCUUACGGAGAUGGCGGCAAGAUGCCAUGCAGCAGCACCUCUACGAUACCGCCAUAUUCUGGGGUACAAAGGUUCUGUCGCUCGAGACAUCUGCUGCCGCCUUCAAUGAUGCAUACCAUCUGGCACAAUGCUACUUCUACACACACCAGUACGCACGUGCGGAACAGCUUCUCACCACUCCUCUCCGCAAUGGCAGAUCAACUGCAACAAACCACGACUCGACUUCAUAUUCAGCGAAGCAUACAGGUGCGGAGGGGUUCCUAGCUUCGGACAAUGUGCAGGAGGACGAUGACGCGCUGCACGAGGUGUUACAACAGACCCGCUCCUCUUCUAUUCUUCCCGCCUGCAUCAUGGCACGCUCAACGACCAAAGACAGCAUGUAUUCCGCAACAUCGUCUACCAUGGGCAAGCGGAAGAAGCGCGACUUCAAUGUGACAGCGACUGGCACAGGCUCUUCGGAGACGGAUAGCAGCGGCGGAAGAGAUGAGUCCGACGACGAGUUCCUCAAAGACGCAUCACAUGACGCCCACCACAAUGGAUCUGUCAUCUUUCGCGAUGUCUCCGGUCCGCAGCACCCACAAGGGGAAAAGAAGUUGGCGAAAGGCAAGGAGAGCAUUGACCUGCAAGCAGACGUCGAUGAAGUCAAGAAUAGCAGUCUCGCUCCCGCACACGGACCAGUUCUCGUCAACCACAGUCUGGCAUGUCGCUAUCUCGCAGCACAAUGUCAAGUCCGACUUGCAAAGUACCACGAAGCUCUCGACCUCCUCGGCGAGACAGAACACUGGGGUUCAUCUGCCAGCAACAAACGCCCUUCGAAUGAUGGCGGCAUCAAGCUCGGCUCCUCUGUUGCUUACCUGCGCGGUCAGAUCCACCUUCGACUCGAAGACUUGCCACGAGCACGUGACUCUUUCAUGGCUGCACUAGCACUCGAUGUCAAGAACUACGAAGCUUUCUCAGCGCUCAUCGAUGGAGAGAUGCUUGGAACGGAAGAGCAAUGGAACUUCGUACAGAGUCUAGAGUAUGCCGCUCAAGCAGGGGAUGAGCCGGGUGCGUUAGAUGACUACGAGCUUGUAAGGCUGCUUUACACUACGCAGCUGUCGAAGCAGGGCAAGGCUUUGGUCGAGACGACGAGCUUGGCGAGGCGGAGGUUGGCGGAUGAAUACGGGCUUGCAGAUGAUCCCGAUGUGCUGCAUGGAUUGGCUGCUGAGCUGUUCUCGAGGUUACGGUUUGCAGAUGCUUUCGUUGUCACAAGUCGGAUCUCGGAGCUGUCGGCUGAUCAUCCAGCAACGCUGCCGAUUCAUAUUGCCUGCACGUAUCACCUCAAGAACCUUCGUCCGGCACUGUUCAUGCUAGCACAUCGACUGACAGAGCUGCAGCCCGAGUCACCCGUUUCGUGGUACGCUGUCGGCACAUGGUAUGCUACCACACGGCGAUGGGCCGAAGCAAGACGGUACUUCAGCAAAGCAUCCCUACUUGAUCCACGCUUCGCACCGGGAUGGAUCGCAUUCGGUCACACCUUUGCACUCGAAGGAGAGAGCGACCAAGCGAUCAUCGCAUACUCCACCGCAGCUCGACUCUUCCCCCAAUCGCACCUGCCCAAACUCUUUGUCGGGAUGGAGCAUCUCCACCAGGACAACCUUUCGCUCGCACGCCUCUCCCUCGAAGGCUCAGCUGCUAUCUGGCCAAACGAUCCAUUGCUCGCCAACGAACGCGGCAUAGUCGCUUUUCAAACAGGCGACCUUGACUCGGCAGCAACCUUCUUCUCCACUGCCAUCGAUCUAGCUCGUGACACUCAGCAUCCAGCAUCCAGUUGGAAAGCGUGCUAUCUCAAUCUCGGCAUUGCAUUGAUGCGCGUGGAGAGGGAGAAGAAAGCGAAGUCAGCUUUUCAAUCAGUGGUAGAACUGGAUCCGCAUAACUAUCAAGCACAUCUGUGUCUAGGAAUGUUAGCUCACAAGGAGGACGAACUUGAUGAUGCGAUCCAACACUAUCAUGAGGCGCUAUCGAUUAAUCCGAGGGAUGCGUAUGCUACGGAACUGCUGGACUUUGUGUUGGAGGAAAAGGUGCAUUAUGGUGUAGCGCAGUUUGCAAAAUAUGAUCCUCAGGGACGGUUGUUUAACAAGGGCGGCAAAGGAUCGUCGCAGAGAAGUUCAAUGAUGGAUGCUGCGGCUGAAAAAGGAAAGCAAAGGCAAAUGGAGCCUUCGCCGACACAUCCUUCGGCGGCAGGUAGACCUCAUCUUGCGUCGAUUCCAGAGGCGUCUUCUCCUUCACCUGCUCCGUAUGCCGCUCGGCAACUGCAAGAACAGGAAAGCUUUGCGGAUCGAUCAACAGCGUCUUCUCAUCCAACGCAGACGUCGAUCCGAUUCCAGACGCCAGUAAGGACAGCAGCGAUGGCAAAUGCUGCGGACGUGUCGACAGCAUCCGCAACCGAAAUGAGCCUGGACAACUCGGCUUCUCUUCCUGACGCUUCGCAGUCGCAGUCACAGACUCAGGCAGAGUUUCAGGAUCAGAGCAGUGUUUUGAUGGACGAGUCCACGUCGUAG